UUUUAUGGGAGCAUGUUAAGCUUGUAAAAACGUCGAAAUAGAGAAAAUGUAUAAUCCAGAAUAAAAAAUCACUUUAGUGACAGAUUAUUGUAAUAAAAUUCUUUAAAACAUUGAUGAUAUUAAUAUAUCAAGUUAAAAUAGGUUGUUUCUGAGUUUGAAAAUAUUUAAUUUUUUUUUCAGAGAUCAAGAAAAAAAAUUUCCUGAACCUGUUUUUAUGAUGAAAUGGGAACUAGAUUAUGCCUUAAGAACAGCAACAAAAUUAAUUGAUAACACAGAAGAGUGGAUAAAUUUUAUAUAAGGCCAAGAUUAUAUAGAUGUCCUUAAAAUGUUAAAGUGUGAUGACUAUAAAGAUAAAUAAGAUCAAAAAAUAGAUUCCUAAUGGGAGUUUAUCAAAAUUGAUUUAAAUUCCCUUGUAGAAACUAAUUUGGAUUAUCCUGGAAAAAAAUAUUUUAUUUAAAUUUACAAAUAUCUUGUGCAAUAAAUAAAAGAUCUAAAAUGA